UUGAGCCUCUCAGGCCCACGCGAGUGCUGGGGCCAAGGCAUAUGGUGCACCUCGAUCUGGUAGUUAUGCCAGUAUCGACAAAGGGGUACAGGUACAUACCCAAUGCUAGGGACAACCUUAGCGGGUUUGUGGAGGCCGUGGCAUUAAAGAAGAAAAGAGGGCUGGCAGUGGCCGAUUGGGUUGAAGAUUUCUACCUGAGGCACCCGUUCAUCAGGAGGUUUAUAGCCGACAAUGGGACUGAGUUCGUAAAUCAAGAUGUCCUGAACACAUGCAAGAGGCUAGGGGUGCCCCUCAAGCUGAUUGAACCAUACCACCCGGAGGCUAACGCGCCGGUAGAAAGAGGGCACCAGACGCUCAAGAACAUGAUUGCGAAGUUGGCAGCAGACGAUCUCGGGAAUUGGCCCGAGUACCUCAGGCAAGUUGUGUUCGCUGAGAACGUGACUCCUAAGAUGACCACGGGAUGUGUCCCAGCAGAAUUAUGGUAUGGAAGGGAAAUCGACUUCCCGAUAGAAACCCUAGUACCCACAUGGAACAAAUUGGAGGACCCUCAUCUGACUACGGAACAAUCGAUCGAGGCUAGAUGCGAGCAGGCGGCUAAAAAUGAGGAAGCCUUGGAAGAAAUUGUGAACAGGGUCUUCGAUAGUCGGAUGAAGGAUAAGACCAGGUGGGACCAAUUGAAAAAUAUCAGGAAGGAGUCAUUGCAAGUGGGGGAAAUGGUUCUGGUCAGGAAUUCGGCACUAGAAAGCACAUGGUCAGGACAGCUAGGGCGAAGAUUCAAGGGGCCCCAUCGUGUCACUAAGAGGCUGGGAAUGAACACCUUUGAGGUUGAGGACUUGAAUGGGACCAGCAUAAAAGGGUCGUUCCCUGAACAGCGGCUGGUCAGAUUCCUCAGCAAAGAUCCGGUGGCGCAAUGGUUGCAAGAAGCUCAGGACAAGGAAGCAGAAGAAUAGGCCGCUCAGUCCAACAACAAGGAUUCUACUUAUCACAUGUGUUUCCCUUUGCCUUUGUUGUCUUCCUUUCUUUCGUGUGUGUGUGCAUGGAAAGGACAUGGGAUCCACUUGGGACACUGUACCAUAGUUUUUGUGGGGACACUGGGGAUGGAUGCCAAGGGCUGGGCAUUGUAUCAUAAGGGUGGGGACGAGGAGAUCUCUGAGAGCAAGAUGUCGUGAUUACCCAAUGGGAUAAACAAGGCUUGGGGGC